UUAUUUUUUAUUUUUUUCAGAAAAAAAUUAUAAAGUGGCGAAAAUCAAACCAUCACAAGCAUCAGUGAGUGUCUGAUAUUUCCAUGGAGGCAACUUUCAGUACUGAAGAUGGCGUAUUUAAAGAGUGGGGAAGUUUUGCUGUUCGAUCUGAUCACUUUUGUCAUCGACUAAGAAUGAAUACACCGGGCCCAAUAUCAGACGAUGGUCAGCGGUUUGCUGUAUUGAGCUACGAACAGGUCAAGCGAUUGCAUAACAUCAUGGACGAGGUGGUACCCAUUCACGGAAGAGGCAACUUUCCCACGUUAGAAAUUAAGCUGAAAGACCUUGUGCGGGUUGUUCGGGCUAAUUUGGAGCAGGACGAUGUACAUGUGAAAGAUAUCAGACUUAACGGUGGCGCUGCAAGUUAUGUUUUAGGCCCUGAAAAUUCGUUCUACAAUGAUCUGGAUUUGAUUUUUGCAGUUGAGCUUUCGACACAACGUGAUUAUGAUAGAGUUAAGGGAGCAGUUUUACACUCGUUGCUUGAUUUUCUGCCGGAAGGAGUUUGUAAAACUCGAAUAAGCAGUUGCAGCUUAAAAGAAGCUUAUGUGCACAAAAUGGUCAAAGUUACAGAGAGUGACCGUUGGAGCUUAAUAUCGCUAAGUAACAACAGGGGUAGAAAUAUGGAACUUAAAUUCGUCAACUCCAUGAAGCGUCAGUUUGAGUUCAGUGUUGAUUCCUUCCAGAUCGUGCUGGACUCUUUGUUACUGUUUUAUGAUUGUGCUCAAAUGGCUAUGGACGAUACCCUCUACCCUACUAUCGUGGCAGAAAGUGUGUACGGAGACUUCCAAGAAGCCGUCUACCAUCUUCAUAAGAAACUGAUUUCCACCCGCAAUCCAGAAGAGAUCCGGGGCGGAGGCUUGCUGAAAUACUGCAACCUACUUGUUCGAGAUUAUAAGCCCACAGUACCGAAUGACAUCAAAUCUCUUGAGAGGUAUAUGUGUUCGAGGUUUUUUAUAGAUUUCAGCGACGUUGGGCAACAGCGAAAUAAACUCGAGAGUUACCUUGCAAAUCAUUUCAUUGGUGAUGACCACAGCAAGUAUGAGUACUUGAUGAUCUUGUACAAGGUUGUGGACGAGAGUACAGUGUGUCUCAUGGGCCAUGAGCGGCGACAGACGCUGACGCUAAUCGUACAAUUAGCCUACCAAGUGUAUGUUCAAGAACACAGCCAGAUACUACUUAAGACACAACAACUUUCUCCUUACGACUUAACAUCCCCAGGACACCAGAUCAUGCUGGGUAACGGUUUCUUUUUCUCACCGUACAUCGCCACUUGCUACCCCUGCGGAUGGUUGCCUUGCGCGUGACCUUUAAAAGGGAGUUCCAUGUUGCUAUACUAACAUUGAAACGGAAGUCUGUGAUGAAUUAUUCUUCGUCAGAAGGUGGAAGAACCUUCAAAAGAGGUUUGAGCUAAUCUUGACCAACUUAGCCAUUUGCACGGUGUGGGAUUCUGGUUAUUAAAAAUCGGUGUAUUUUAUAUACCUUACGAGGUGAAAGGCUAAACUAGAGAAUUCCAACAUUCUAGAAAAUAUUUUAACUAUAUAAGCAAAGGGGAAUUAAUUCACGAUCCGCUCUUAUAAAUUAGCCAUAAUCAAUUUUUAAAUUCACAGUGCGAAAAAAAAACAGCUAUAAAACAAGUUAUUUAUCUAAAUAAGGUUAAACCAGAUUUUUAAAAAUGUAACCGGUUUCUUAUUACCGCCUGCCGACUCAAAUUGUUUGUGAGUUUUGUUUUUCUUAAAAUUUUGAAAUUCCUGUGUCUGGUUUUAAAUGUUUGAUUUAAGCGCUAACUAUAGAAAGACGUGAUUUACGAUGUGUAUAUUUAGCGUUUUGAGCAACGUACCAAUCAGGUUAUCCAAAAACGAAAAGCUUUCUUAAAUUUCUGAAAAUAUGAGUAGAGAAGCCGGGAUUUUUGUUUUUAAUUAGGACUUGUAUUUUAAAUAUGUUUAAAUAAAACUUACAGAAGAGUUUUGGAAACUAAGCUGAUGUUAUUGUUCUCAAUGUAUUAUAGCAUUUGAAAAUAAUCGUUGUUGCAUUCAAUAUUUCGUAGAUAUCAAAAAACAAUGGGAAAAUGGAACAUUUAUUGAAAUAUAAGUCAAAAAUGUUAAUAUAACAGGUGGUUUUAAAACUAUGAAUUCAGACCAACUGAUUUUAUAAUUGAGGUGUGAUACAAAAACACGAUGCACUGUAUUAUUGGCAGAAAUUGCUUAGUCUUGUGUUUGUUCUUUCAAGUUUAAACUGCGUUUAACAGUUAUUUCCAGUAAAACGUUUCGGAGAUUAGUUCACGAUUGUUAAUUAAAAACAUUGUAUUGGUGAAUUUACUUAUCAUUGUUAAACAUAUAUAUAUAUACCACACAGUCGGUGGUGAAAGAAUUGGUACGUGGCAAAACGACUCGUGUUGCACACCGGAAUAUUACAAAAUAUUAAGGUUUUAGCUAAUUAACACGUGUGACGUUGAUCAGUCGAGAGAUCAGUAGUUGUGGAGAAGGCCAGAAUUUUCCUAUCGUAGUACCAAUCAAAGUAUCUUCGUUUUUCUCAAAAUAUGAAUCAGGACAGAGGUCAGAUGAUGCAAGAUUUAAUAUUUAUAGAUCAUAGAACAAAGUAUGUAAUAUCAGUAUGUGUGUGUGUGGUAAGAUUUAUAUAAAACGAAAAUGGUUAACAUACCAUUUCGUGCUUGUAAGUUGUAGAAAUGAUAAAAUUUGCGAAUAAUACUUUCUUUAGUUUCAGUCAAUAUACAAUGAAUAGUUCAUAAAUUUUGAGACGAAAAAGUGUCCAAGUGAAUUAAGUGAAAAAUAAAAUUAAAUGAGAAAAGGGGUAUCAUAAAAUAUCUGAAACUUAAUUUAUUAAACAAUUCUGUAAUGAGUUUCUCACUAAUCACUACAUUCUGGUAGCUUUGUUUUUCAGUACUAAAAACAUUUACACUGAGAAUUAUAAAACUUUAAAGUAGCCCGAAGAUUUCCUGUUAAUAGCUUUCCAUAGCAAGAAUAUACUGGUGUGUAUUUUAAGUGUUUGUAUACUUUUAAUUCUUCAAUCGUGUCACAUGGACAUUUGAGUUGUUUGCUGUAAAUUAAUAAAUCAUCACAAAAAUAGCCAUUGUAAACGUUUUCGCAAACAAUACUACUGCAGAACGACACUCGAAUAAAAAAAAAUCGG